UUUAAUUUCAAAACUUAAACUUCGAUUGCAUUUAAAAUAAAAAAAAAUCAUUUGAAUAUCGACUAUAAAAGGUGUGCAUAGAGAAAUCCGGUAGGAAACGUGGUAAUGGCAUGUGGCAAGGAGUAUGACGAGGAUGUGGAAAACUUACGAAACUUAUUCCAUACGAAAAACAUUGUAAAAUUUGAAAUCAAAUUUAUAAAAUGCACACCGGGAAGCUGUUCCGGUGAUAAUUACAUGUCCUACGUACAUCGACUACUUCUAAGCGAAUAUGAAGAAGAAUACUCCACUGGCACUGAAAUGGGUACGAACCUACUGUCCUAUAUCGUGAAGCGACAGAUAACAAAUAAGGCACGAAGACAAUUAUAUAGAUGCGAUGAAGCGUUCGAUAAUGAGAUUAAUGCUUAUACCUUUGCCGUACCAAUGUUGGAAAAUUAUGCCAAGGAUGUGUUAUUUCCUAAAUGCUUUUUUGCUGGAACUGAUAAAAAUGGACAAUCAUUGAUCAUAUUGAAUGAUCUUAAAGCCUUAGGUUAUCGUAUGCAUAAUCGUCUAGUAAGCAUGAAUCUACACUACUGUGAGUUAGUUAUGAAGCAACUGGCAAAACUACAUGCCGCUUCUAUAACCGCUAAACAAAUGAACUAUGAACAUUUUUCAGAACGUUGCAAUCACGUACAAGAAAUCGUCUAUAAUAGUAAAGCCGAGGAAUGUUAUAGAAAUAUGAUCGAGAACUCAAUUGGAGAGGCAUUAAAUAGUUUGAGAAGAUCAAAUGUCGAUGGUUGUUUAACGGAACCAAUACGUAUUAUUGAAAAACUACAAACGAAAAUGUAUCAUCAGAUCCAAGAAUACAUCACUAAACCGGAGGAGAGUAUUAAAGUUUUGUGCCAUGGUGAUUUAUGGGUAAAUAAUAUAAUGUUUGCUACAGCAACUCCAACAACACCCAUUCCUGUACGAAAUCAACGAGAACAGAAGGAUUUGCCUGAAGUGAUAUUUUUUGAUUUGCAAGUUAUGCGAUAUACAUCACCAGUUUUUGAUAUAUUGCAUUUUAUAUAUACAAGCACAAAACGAGAUCUACGUGAGGCUUAUACGAACACACUCCUGGAAACCUAUUGCCUGGAAUUGUCUACUAUAUUGGGCACCACAUUCCGAAAUGAUGCUACAGAUUUAAAAUAUCUUCGAAGUAUAUUUAAUUUAAGAAAUAUCACCGAAGAGUAUUAUAAAUAUGUGCUGUAUGGCUUGGCAAUAGCAAUGUGGGUGCUUCCAGCUAUUACGUUUGAUCCAAAUAAUCUUCCUAAUUUAGAUACAAUCAGUCAAAUGAAUACUAGUGCCAAGGAUAUUAAAUGCACGCAAAUUUUAACGCAUGAAUAUCAUUCCAGAGUGAAGGAUUUAGCGUUGGAGUUUUAUCAAAACGGUUAUUUGAAUUCCUAUAUAAGUGAUAUUUAGUUUUAAUAUAUA